AUGGCGCGUCCCUCUGCUGGUCGCGGCGUGGCCAAGCCGUUCGCGACUUGGACCACUAUCUUCUACCUCCUCCUUGUCUUCAUUGCGCCUCUCGCGUUUUUCGGAUCCGCCCACGCCCAGGAAGAUGAUUCUGUUCAGGAAAACUAUGGCACUGUUAUUGGUAUUGAUUUGGGAACAACUUACUCCUGUGUCGGUGUGAUGCAGAAUGGAAAAGUCGAAAUUCUCGUCAACGACCAAGGAAACCGUAUCACUCCCUCCUACGUCGCUUUCACCGAUGAGGAACGCCUGGUCGGUGACGCCGCGAAGAACCAAUACGCCGCCAACCCCAAGCGGACCGUCUUCGAUAUCAAGCGUUUGAUUGGUCGCAAGUACGACGAGACUGAAAUCCAAAAGGACAUCAAGAACUACCCCUUCAAGGUCGUUAACAAGGAUGGAAAACCCAACGUCCGAGUUGAGGUCAACCAGACCCCCAAGACCCUGAGUCCCGAGGAGGUUUCCGCCAUGGUUCUCGGCAAGAUGAAGGAGAUCGCUGAGGGCUACCUCGGCAAGAAGGUCACCCACGCCGUCGUUACUGUCCCCGCCUACUUCAACGACGCUCAGCGUCAGGCCACCAAGGAUGCUGGUACUAUUGCCGGCCUCAACGUCCUCCGUGUUGUCAACGAACCCACCGCCGCCGCUAUCGCCUAUGGUCUGGACAAGGGCAGCGAGGAGCGCCAGGUUAUCGUGUACGAUCUCGGUGGAGGUACCUUCGAUGUCAGUCUUCUCUCAAUCGACGACGGUGUUUUCGAGGUCUUGGCGACCGCUGGUGAUGUUCACCUGGGUGGUGAGGACUUUGACCACCGUGUCAUGGAUCACUUCGUGAAGCAGUACAACAAGAAGAACAACGUCGACGUCACCAAGGAUCUCAAGGCCAUGGGUAAGCUCAAGCGCGAAGUCGAGAAGGCCAAGCGUACUCUGUCUUCCCAGAUGUCUACUCGCAUCGAAAUCGAGGCUUUCCACAACGGCGAGGAUUUCUCCGAGACUCUGACCCGCGCCAAGUUCGAGGAGCUUAACAUGGACCUGUUCAAGAAGACCCUGAAGCCUGUUGAGCAGGUUCUCAAGGACGCCAAGGUCUCCAAGUCUGAGAUUGAUGACAUUGUCCUGGUUGGUGGUUCCACUCGUAUCCCCAAGGUCCAGGCUAUGCUCGAAGAGUUCUUCAACGGCAAGAAGGCCAGCAAGGGUAUCAACCCCGAUGAGGCCGUCGCUUUCGGUGCUGCCGUUCAGGGUGGUGUUCUGUCUGGUGAGGAGGGUACUGAGGGCCUUGUUCUCAUGGACGUCAACCCCCUUACUCUCGGUAUUGAGACCACCGGUGGUGUCAUGACCAAGCUCAUCCCCCGCAACACUGUCAUUCCUACCCGCAAGUCCCAGAUCUUCUCGACCGCCGCGGACAACCAGCCUACCGUUCUCAUCCAAGUUUUCGAGGGAGAACGUACUCUUACCAAGGCCAACAACCUCCUUGGCAAGUUCGAACUUACCGGCAUCCCCCCCGCUCCCCGUGGUGUUCCCCAGAUUGAGGUUUCUUUCGAUCUGGACGCCAACGGAAUCCUGAAGGUUGGCGCCAGCGACAAGGGCACUGGCAAGGCCGAGUCCAUCACCAUCACCAACGACAAGGGCCGUCUGACCCAGGAGGAAAUCGACCGCAUGGUUGCCGAGGCUGAGGAAUUCGCCGAGGAGGACCGUGCCAUCAAGGCCAAGAUCGAGGCCCGUAACGGCUUGGAGAACUACGCCUUUAGCCUCAAGAACCAGGUCAACGACGAGAACGGUCUCGGUGGCCAAAUCGACGAGGACGACAAGCAGACCAUCCUGGACGCUGUCAAGGAAGUCAACGACUGGCUCGAGGAGAACGGAGCCUCGGCCACCACCGAGGACUUUGAGGAGCAGAAGGAACAGCUGUCUAACGUGGCUUACCCCAUCACCAGCAAGCUGUACGGCUCCGCUCCCCCCACCGAGGAGGACGAUGACGACUACGGCCAUGACGAAUUGUAA